UGUCAUUGUUUGAAUGUCGAGGGGGGUUACGGUGAAGCUGUAAACAUUUUUUUUAUUAAAGCGAGCUUAACUGAAAUGUCUAGUGAAGAUGGGCUGAAAGAAAUUCUUUCAACUUUAAUUUCAAGUGAACAUGGUGGAUGGUUUAAAGACAACUAA